UCGGCAUAUUGGAUUCACAGCGUUCAGGUUAUGUUUGGUUAAGUUCACGAAGCGUCGUAGUCAUCCUGAUCCCAGUGAAACGACAAUAACAGUGUAAACUGGGUGGAACAGCAAUAAUUAAGACCGGUGUUCUCGAGAAACAUGGGAAACGAAGAGAAGGAAGUAACAAAACCCGAGUGCAGCUUCAAGUUCCACGAGUUUACCGCGAACGUCGGUGACUUGUCGAUCGCUUGUCACACGAUUAAAAUGGAAAACUGUCUUUACGUGUGGAUCGGUGGCAAAGAGAACGCGAUGGACGAUUUGUCAUUCGCGAUUGGAUCGCCGUACGAGAAGGAGCCGCUGACGACGAAAAUCAUGGGGCCAGUCGCUAAUGACUUUUCGAGCAACCUUGCAAAGAGGCUAUCGAAAAAACUAUCGGUGGCUGUUUACGUCAGUUUCAAUGUACAAGUUGACAAUCUUUCCCUGCCUGGCAUCGAAAGGAGGCUAAGGGACGAAUUCAAUUCCCAUCCUGAGAUUCUCUAAUCGAAUUUAUUACAAAUAUUGUCUAAUGUGUUAAGAAUGUGAUUGCAGCUUUGCAUAUUUUUCAUCGAACUUAAUUAUACUCUCAUUUUUGUAAUAAACACACGAAUGUUCGUCUUGUUAAAUAAAAUGGAUUAUUCAAUAUGAUACAAUCGUUAGUUCAAUGAUUGUUGAUUCACUGAACAAAUCAUUUCGAAUUUACAAUCCUGACUUCGUUAGAACAAAAUUAUAAGCAUUUUAUCGUAACGAGAUUU